GACGAAGUGUCAGGCUUUUCUAAAAGUUGUGUUAGGUUAAGUUUAAGUUUUUUAAAUGAUUUACUAAAUAAAAAUAAUAGGAAACCAUUUAUCGUAAUGGAAGUAAGCCCUUUAUGUAUAAUUCUAGUAAAAUCAGAUAGUAAAGGAGACAGGCUCUUAUUUAGGUAUCCUUUUCAAACACAGCAUAACAAUGAGCCUUCAAGUACGCGAAGAAAAAAUCCUUAUACCCUCCCAGUUGUAGAUGAUUUAUUACAAAGUCCAAAUCAACCAUAUUCAAAUAUAAAUAAAGAAAAUUUGACUGGGUUUACAGAUGAAGUUUUGUCCUCGCUUUUUGCUGUUAAAACAGAGUUGUGUAAUAGAAAGUUCGAACUCAAAGUAAAUGAUGUUAGAUUUGUCAGUCAUCCUACAUUGUUACAACUUAGAAAUAAACAAGAGAAAGAAGAUGAGUCUGGUAUGUUGAUUAAUAUCGUGUUCGCCUUGCAGGCUCUAGCUAGUCACUCUGUAGUGAAAUGUUAUCAUGAUUUGAGCAAAAGAAUGGGCAUAGUAUUAAAAUACGAGGAAAAGAGAUGUGGUUAUGUUUCUGAACAAACCCAACUCAUGACAACUGCACAUGAUGAUGGAUAUACCAAUGGUCCUAGUAGUGCUUUUAAAAUAAUUUUGGAAAAAUGUUCUCUUGCUAACAACAUUAAGAAGAUGUAUGAUGAUCUGUGUACUACAGGUCUUGUGAAUUUAAGGAUCAAUAGGUGGAUACCACUUAGUUUUUGUCUACCACAAAAGGUACAUCAGUGGCAUAUGAGAGGAAAAAUUGUAGAACCAGAAGAUAUUGAUAGGUGUUUAAGUGCUUUACGACCAUACCACAGUUUACUAUUGUUACACCCAUUGCAUCAAAAAAAUGAUUUCACCUCCUUAGAUGGCUCUCCAUCACUGGACAGAAUGCUGACACAAUAUUCACCUUUGAAAAAUUUGCAAACUCUAGCUGCGGAUUCUGAUUUAACAUUAACACAUGUAUUUGAAUUAACAGCUCAUCUAGUAUACUGGGCCAAAGCCACUGUAAUAUUUCCAAUAUGUUCCACCAACAAGUAUGUCAUAUCACCUAAUGCUCCCAUACAUCUCAAUUCACCUCUGGUAGAAAAAUUUAGUGACACCUUUCCUGGACUAAAUCUGAUCAGGGUUAUCAGUGAGUUUUCCCUACCGACAUCUCUGGGACAAAAAUGCAAUCCGUUAUGUCAUCCAUCUCAACAGUCACAGUUAGUGCAAACCAUUAUCUGGCUGUUACAGCAUCAUCUUUUGUUACAGCUACAUACUUAUAUUCAAUAUAUGCCUACUGAUAAUGGUCCAUUAUUAAAUAAAGGGGACCAUACUAAAAAGCUGUUGACAUCACCAUCACCUAGAAGUAGUACUGUGAUGUUAAAUUAUCAGCCAAAUGUUACAACUGAAAGGACCGAGUCAGAAAGUGGAGCUUCGACAGUUUCAGAAACUCCUGAAAUUCCUUUGACCAAAAAUAUAAUUUUGGAAAAUGCAAGCUUUACAUCUGCAGAAGAUGACAAACAAGAUUAUCAAGAAGAAUUACUGUUAGAUUUUCCUGAUGAGGAAAGAACUUCAAUAUUUAAGAUUCCUGCCACGAACACCCCUGAAGAUCUUAAACUAUUCGCUAAAUUAUGUAGAAAAGAGUAUUUUCAAGGGAACCAGCACGUAGAAGAAAUCAUGUACAUAGAGAAUUUAAGAAGGAGUCAAUUGUUACAGCUUUUGGAUAAAUUUAGGGAUGUUUUAAUCACUUAUGAAACCGAAGAUCCGGCAAUAGCAAUGUUUUCUUGUUCCUCAUAGCACAUACUGAAAUUUUUUUACUGAACUGAAAAUUAGUAAAUUCGAAAAUAAAUUCAUAGGAAUCGAGUCAAUGUAAUAAUAAAAGAAACUAAAACUUUUUGAAUAAUAAGGUAUAUUUUUUUAUACAAUUAUGAUGUGAAUGUGUAAUUUAAUUUUAAAACACCUUGUUUUCAAGCAACAACUAUUGAAAAAGUUUUGGCUUUAACCAUAAAAAACACACGUGAGAAAAAAGUUUGAACAAUGAUUAUAUUUUUUAUUUGUUACAUUUUCAAUGAUGGAAAAAGUAAUUCAACUCCAUUUUACUGAAAAUAAAAAAUACCACCGUUAAGUAAUUUUGAAACUAAUUUAGAUCUAUAGUUCUUUUUAACAUUUCAGGCGUAUACGGCAUCAAUAUCAUAUGAAAUAAAGUUCUUCCGGUGGUUAUUCACGUACGUACGUACGUCAUACUAAUAUAAAUAUCAAAUAAGUCGAAAAAUGUUAUAUUCUCUAUUAAAAACGACAUGAAUACUAUUCCGACC